UAUCGCGUAGAAAAUUGAACCAAUUUAACUGUAUUUUGUUAUCUUUAUGUGUGAAUAAUAUGGUUAUAAAAUCAUAAAGUGAAUUAUAAAAAAAUAGAAUGGAGUCAAACAAAGACGUUUUCCAAAUGCUAACGAUACUUGUAUCUAUACUGUGUAUUGGAGGUAUAACUGCGGAUACAUUAUGUCCGGACAAUUGGACAGCGUUCAGAGGUUCGUGCUACCUGUUUCCUCACAAUAAUCUCUCAUUUCACGACGCACAGCGAUUCUGUGAACAUCUUGGAGGAUAUUUAACUCAUGUAAAUGAUGCAACUGAAAAUGCAUUCCUGAAAAGUUAUUUAUCGGAUCUUAAAGAUUCCAUUCACUGGAUCGGGCUGACAGAUGAAGUUACAGAAGGAAUUUGGAGAUGGUACGACAACAACCAGGUAGCUAAUUUUACUAAUUGGCAUAUACUCACUUCUGAACCGAAUGGUGGCAAGGCACAAAACUGUGUAUACAUUGCCGAGGGUCAUGGAUAUGAAUGGAUUGACGCCCCAUGUGACUGGAAACGGACACCACUUUGUGAAAUGAGGUAAAUUGAUAAAUUUAUAUUU